AUGAAGACCUGGAACUCCGAUUUCGUGAAAUCAGGCUACCAGGCUCAUUCCAAGGGCUUUAUUACCAACAAGGACGGAAGAUUUGAACUUCAGCAUCCGAUGGUUGCGGGCGUCCUUCGUACUAACGAGAAAGAGGAAACUAUCACAUCCGAACCACUUCAAGCUGCCAAGGAAUACUACCUGGCAAAUCAAGACUCGAUUUCAUUCCCUUAUCAACAGCCGACAUUUGGAUUUGUGGUCAAAUGGCUUUCCGAACUAGGAAAGACCACUGAAUUAGAUGGGCUUCUCAAGUAUGCCGAUGAACAUUUCCAGCCGACGUGGGGACGUGGAGGGCUGUAUUAUCCUCGCAAUGAUUUGGCGAUGGAUGAGCAAGAAAACUGGACGCAUAUGGAUCCUUUCUCGGGUAGUGCUGCCAUUGAGUAUGCUAGAUUGAAUGUUCUAGACGGACAAAAGAAGAUGUGGGAGCGAAACUAG